AUGUGCUGGCUGCUGUUUGUGCAGGACACAUUCCCAAAUACUUAACUCAGGAUUUCAUAGUGAAUAAUCCUUUCCACAGAAAUUUGAAACCUUUUGAAGCGUUUGCAUUUCUUCAAGUAAAAGAUGAUUCAGUUUAGUGCAACUUCAUUAAUCUGUUUAAAUAUAAUUUUUUUCAGUGGAGGAAAAACUGUGCUAGGUAACGUCAGACACUGUUCUACUAAGGGUACAUCCAAUGGCAGGGUUGUGGAAACAACGCCUAAGACCACAGAGGAAAAUACACCAACAGAUAUUUCAAAACAAAAGGAACAAUGUCUUGUACCAUGUGAUGUUCAAGCUAAAAUGUUAAGAGGAGAAAAACAUUACAUGUGCAGAAAUUUGCAGAACUCUCUUGUUGAAUAUGCAAGAAGUACAAAAAAACUGGUAAGAAAUAUGAUGGAUGAUCAGCAAUCUUCUUUGGAUUAUCUUUCUAAUCAGGUGAAUGAACUUAUGAACAGGGUCCUUCUUUUGAAUGCAGAAGUUUUGAGAAAACAUUUGGAUCCACUUCCUUACAGAGCAGUUCAGUCUCAUGGACUGGAUUGCACUGAUAUUAAAGAUACCAUAGGUUCUGUUUCAAAAACUCCGAGCGGUCUGUACAUAAUCCAUCCAGAAGGAUCAAAUUACGCUUAUGAGGUUCUAUGUGAUAUGGAUUUUAAAGGAGGUGGGUGGACUGUGAUUCAGAAAAGAACUGAUGGAAUAAUUGACUUCCAAAGAAAUUGGUCAGAAUACCUAGAUGGAUUUGGAGAUCUUUCAGGAGACUUUUGGCUUGGACUGAGGAAAGUUUUUCAUAUAGUAAAUCAGAAAACAACAAGUUUUAUGCUUUAUGUGGGUCUGGAAUCUGAAGAUGACACAUAUGCCUAUGCAUCUUAUGACAGCUUUUGGCUAGAGGAUGAAGCAUGUUCUUUUAAAAUCCAUUUUGGGCGUUAUUCAGGAAAUGCUGGGGAUGCAUUUCGGGGUUACAGCAAGGAAGAUAACCAGUAUGCAAUGCCCUUCAGCACAUUUGAUGUUGAUAAUGAUGGAUGUAACCCAGUAUGCUCUAUCCAAGAGCAGCCUGUGAAGAGUUGCAGUAAUUUCAGUGAUAACACUGGCUGGUGGUUCAAUCAGUGUGGCCUUGCAAAUCUUAAUGGUGUUCAUCGGUUCACAGGGAAGUUUCUUGCUACAGGGAUUCAUUGGGAUACUUGGACAGAGAAUAAUAAACCAGUCAGAAUUAAAUCAGUUUCAAUGAAAAUUAGAAGAACCUAUAAUCCCUAUUUCAAAUAGCAGCCUAUAGAAUUAUAGUACUUCUAGCAAGUAUGCUGUUGAUAUAUCAGCAUGAUCUGAAAGCUUCUCAUAGUUAAAUAAUCCAGUGUUAUGAAUUAUGCCAUUUACAUACAGUACUACUUUAUUAAUUGCACUUUUCAGCAUUACUUAAUCAAUUUUAUUUCCAUUAUGAAAUUAUGUCUGAUGAUAUUAUUAUACUACUGCAUGUCAAUAUAGCUCAGUUGUUUAGCACCCUCACCUUUGCAUGAGAAGGUCCUAGGUGUAGUAUUCAUCAUAUGAGCACAAGGCUUUUCCUAUUCAUUAAUCUCUCUUCAACUGCCUCUUAUGAAAUUCUCAGAACUGGUGGCAGCAUUUUAACACACACAUCUUUGCAUUUCAUAAUCUAAAAAAAUAUUGAAGUGACAGUAAUGCUGACUUUUGAAAUUAGUUUCUCUGCAUAUCUAAAUUGCCAAGAAACAAUCAGGAAAAAAAUCUAUCAUCAGUAAAAUGUGGCAAAACACAUAUAUGUCAUUAAGAUAAUUUUAGAAAAACACAUGAUUUCCUUUAUCUGGCAUAAAUUUUCAGAAGCCUGCAAUCCUUACAUAAGCAAGACUUCCACUAACUUUAAUAAGAGCCCCAUUAUAGCAGGCUCAACAUGGCGAAGAAUAUUUUCAGGUGUGAUUUGUACUUCCAUGCUCAAAUUAUGGCUCUGUUUUGCAUUCACAGAUGCAUGUUUGAUUUCUGUAAUAAUUGAGCCCUUAAUAUGUAAAAUGGAUUGAGGUUUUUUUAAUGGCCUAAAAUUGUGAAUUCAGUAAAAAAUGCAUGCAUGCAUGAUCAUCAACAGAAGUUGUAGGAAUUUCAAAAUGUCUUUGAAACUGUAAUUUUUGGAAAUAUGGACCUGAUCUUGCAUCUUUCACUCUGUAUGAGUGCCUAUUAAAUAGUCUGGAUUGUUUGUAUUUUUUUCUGUCAGUAAAAAUGUAGGACUAUCAAUAAAACAUUAAC